ACAAAGCAGAACAGCUAUAAAACAGCAACAUGGCAGGAAUCUUCGAGCAGUCUCGCAGCGGCGGAACUCUGUUCCUCGGCGGCCAGAAAAUCAGCGGACAGGACAUUCGCGACCAAAACGUGCUUGCGACGCAGGCAAUCUCCAAUGUCGUCAAGUCGUCGUUUGGGCCCUCGGGUCUCGACAAGAUGAUGGUCGACGACAUUGGUGACGUGACGGUGACCAACGACGGCGCUACCAUCCUCAGUCUGCUUGACAUUGAGCACCCCGCAGGCAAAAUCCUCGUCGACCUGGCCCAACAACAAGACAAGGAAGUCGGAGAUGGCACAACUUCAGUCGUCAUAAUAGCGGCCGAGCUCUUGAGGAGGGCAAACGAGCUUAUGAAGAACAAGAUACACCCCACCACCAUCAUCACAGGCUACAGGCUGGCCCUGAGGGAGGCAGUCAAGUACAUGAACGAGAACAUCAGCACAAAGGUCGAUGCACUCGGUCGGGACUCACUUGUCAACAUUGCCAAGACGUCAAUGUCUAGCAAGAUCAUUGGCUCAGACUCUGACUUCUUUGCCAACAUGGUCGUGGACGCCAUGACCGCCGUCAAGAUGACAAACAACAAGGCCGAGAUCAAGUACCCCGUGAAGGCUGUCAACAUCCUAAAGGCACACGGCCAGAGUGCCACCCAGUCGAUACUAGUCAAAGGAUACGCCUUGAACUGCACAGUUGCUUCGCAAGCCAUGAAGACUCGCAUCACCGACGCAAAGAUUGCCUGCCUGGACAUCAACCUGCAGAAGGAGCGCAUGAAGUUGGGCGUACACAUCACCAUCGACGACCCAGAGCAGCUAGAGAAGAUCCGAGAGCGCGAGGCUGGCAUCGUCACCGAGCGCAUCGAGAUGAUCUUGAAGGCAGGCGCCAACGUCAUCAUGACAACCAAGGGUAUUGACGACCUUUGCUUGAAGCACUUUAUUGAGAAGGGUGCCAUGGCUGUGCGAAGAUGCAAGAAGGAGGAUUUACGAAGGAUAGCAAAGGCCACAGGAGCUACCCUGGUCAGCACUCUUUCGGAUCUAAACGGCGAUGAGAAGUUCGAGGCAGCCAACCUAGGUCAUGCCGAAGAGGUUUCACAAGAGCGUAUUUCCGACGACGAGUGCAUCCUGGUCAAGGGUACCAAGGCCUUUUCUUCAGCGUCCAUUAUUCUGCGAGGAGCGAACGACUAUGCUUUGGAUGAGAUGGAGCGAUCAGUGCACGACUCCCUGUCAGCCGUCAAGCGCACACUGGAGAGUGGACGUAUUGUCCCUGGUGGAGGUGCUGUCGAGACCGCUCUACAUAUCUACCUGGAAGAGUGGGCAACCUCAGUCGGCUCUCGGGAACAGCUGGCUAUAGCUGCCUUUGCACAGUCUCUCCUUUCCAUUCCCAAAACUCUCGCCAUCAACGCAGCCAAGGACGCCACCGAGCUUGUUGCUAAUCUCCGAUCAAGACAUGCUCUCUCGCAACGCACAGUGAACCCAGCGGACCCAUCAUCGCAAGAUGCCAAGCAACUCGCAAAGUCGAAGAACUACAAGAACUACGGCCUGGAUUUGACCAACGGCAAGGUACAUGAUUGCUUAAAGGCCGGCGUUCUUGAACCCAGUAUGAGCAAAGUCAAGCAAUUGAAGUCGGCAGUGGAGGCAUGCGUAGCCAUCAUGCGUAUUGAUACCCUGAUCAAACUUGAUCCAGAGGAGCAAGGCGGAGGUGACGAUGGACAUGGACACUAGAAGUCGCACAAGGGCGGCGCAAUGAAGAGAUAGAUAUGAAAAGAUAACGAGAGCGUAAUGAAGGCUUCGACACCCACGUGCAAGGCGCACAUUGCGCUGUACAA